CUCUCUCUCUGUACACGUUCUCGGGAUCGUGCGACAAGUGCGUGGUAUGUUCGCCCUGACGGGGACGCGACUCCGCACUGCCCCCGACCGUUCCCGAGCCGCGGACUCUGCGAAGCGGAUCCUCGUCACGUGACGACGCGUGUUCCUCUCGAGCUCCCUUUCCUCCCUCCCUCGCCCCUCCCCCUCGUGCACCCGGUGAGAUUUUUAGCGACGAUGACAACGGCGCGAGGUCGUUCGCCGCGAGACGCCGACGUCGCUAGGGUCUGACGCCGGAGCCGCGGUCCUAUCGGUGACGCGCGAUCUAUCGCGCCGCGCGCUCUCGAACUCACUCUUGCCGCUCGCGGAUCGUCACCGCGAGUAGCCACGUGCCCGUUUCUCCCCCCGUUGUGCCCCGAACCACCCGCUUGUCCCCGUGUGUGAGUUAUGCAGUCCAACACGAUUCUCCGCUCCGACGUCGGCAGCACGGAGAAACUUAUGGGCAACAAUAAUCUCAACAACAACGGCUCGCCGGGGGCGGACAUAAUGUUCCAGAUGGAGAACGAGGGCCUCACGCAGUUGGGCAGCGUCUUUCAAUCGGCCUACGAGUCGAUCGUGGGCGGCGGUCCUCAGUAUGGCUCGGAUGAAUUCGGACAGGAGUCGCCGAGAUACACGUCGCCGAAGGGUGCCCUUUACGCGGAUUCCUACUACAUCGAUGGUAAUACUACAGGAACCGGUCCGGGCGACCCAUGGACGGGUAGCGGCGGUGGUGUCCAGCCCCCAUACAGUGGAUACGCACCCUCUCACCUGGCGCAGCCAGCCUAUCCCAUGCACCUACCCCACGACCCCAUGGCAUACUCGGCGAUGUCGCCGAACGGUGAAUCUGCAGCGCCGAUCCUGGGCUCGGCGGUGACCAGUGCGGCUUCCCUGCCGCCAAUGUCGACAUUCCGGGGUAGUGCCGUGGUCGCGGCGAACAGCGGCACAGGGGCGCCGUCGCCGGCAUCGUUGCAAUAUAGCCAUAGUCCUGGUGCACCGACGACCGCGCCUCCCGCGCCCAACACUGCGCCCACGACGAACCAGCAAUCCACCACGGACGACACCCUCGGCAAGGCCCUCGCAUCCGUCGUAAGCACCCGAAUUUACCCCACGGACCAAUCAGUAUCCAGUUAUAGCAGUAAUCCAUCUACGCCCGUCAGUUCGCCACCACCUUUAACCGGCUCGGCACCAGGUUGGGCACCUGGAGCCGCGCCAGUCUCUCCGCAUUUUACGGCGGACCCCAAUCGUGGUAUUCACAUGCCGGCGCCUGAACAGCAGAGGCUAGACGAUGCCAUCGGCUUCCUUCGCGACCACGCCGAGUUGGUACAGGGGGCACGGAUGGAGGAGCGGUUAGACGAUGCCAUAAACGUACUGAGGAAUCACGCCGAAAGUCAAGUGGCUCUUCAUCUUGGCCCGGUCGGUCCACACGGCGGGUUAUACUCGCAUACCUCACCACCGCAGCUGGAACAUUUGGCGAGUCCACAUCCUGCGGUAACGGUGACGCAACCUCAGGGUUCCUAUCCCGGUCUUACGCCUACGCCCGACACAGAUGGUUCGAUCAAGAUCGAAAGGUUACCUGUGACGAAUGCCAAAUACAUCCCCCUAGAAAAGAGGAAAGAUCCGCCCGAUAGUAGCGGCGGCGAGACGAAGCCAUCGAGCAGCGAACUCGCGGCCGGUGUGAUCGGGGCUGCCACAGUCAACUCGACGUCGCAAGGAAAGGGAACGAAGCGAUCGCGCAGAUAUUGUUCGAGCGCCGAUGAAGACUGCGACGAUCCUGGCACCAAAGCGGUGCGCGAGAAAGAACGUCGCCAGGCCAACAACGUGCGUGAAAGGAUACGUAUUAGGGACAUCAAUGAGGCUCUGAAGGAACUUGGUAGAAUGUGUAUGACACACCUGAAGACGGACAAACCUCAAACGAAACUCGGUAUUCUCAACAUGGCUGUUGAAGUCAUAAUGACACUCGAGCAACAAGUCAGAGAGCGGAAUCUUAAUCCGAAGGCUGCGUGUUUAAAAAGAAGAGAAGAGGAGAAAGCCGAGGAUGGUCCGAAGUUACCAGGCCAUCUUGCAGCGCACAUAGCACAUCCGCAUUCUCAUCCGCACGCGCACUCCCAACCGCCCUUCCCCGCAUUACCCGGUCCACAACCUUCCCUUCAGCACAAUCCACCACAGCCGCAGUAGCAGCGGCUCAGUGGCGGUAUCAUUCUGUGUUAAGGGGUAGAUACAUCUUAAAAUUAAUAAAAAGAAAACAAGUUUAUGGACAUGACUUACUACAUACCCAUGUAGGAUUUUUCUCUGCUCUUAUAAGUUGUGGGAAUGUGCAAAAAAAAUUGUGGAUAUUAUGUGGUGCGUAAAAGUUAGUAGAAGAAAGAAUAGGAAAUAAGAGUGAUACGAUCUUAAUCGUAUUUUUUAAAAAUAUCUUGUUCAUAUUAUUUUAUAUAUGUAUAAAUACAUAUAUAUAAAUUGAUUCAUUUGUAUAAUUUUUUUUAUAUCUGAAUUGUAUUUUGGUCUAGAGAAAUCUUUAUCCAUAUCUAUUAAUUUAAGAACAUAUGUUUUAAUGCUGCAGCAAAAAGCAGGAAUACCCAUAAUUUUUUUCGCAAUUCUACGAAUAUGCAAUGUAAUAAGGCAAGAAGUUCCGUACGCGCUCACCCAAGCAUAGGGCAAGUAGUUUUAAGAGGCAUCUACCCCCUCAAGGCGGCUUCAAAUUAUUUUUAUAAAUAGCGGAAAGAAAAAAACAAAGGAAUAUGGUUCCUCUUUCGAAAUAUAUAAUGUGUAGUACGAUCGAGAUUUUAUUAACGAUCGAACUUCGCUGCUGACUCAUGUUAAAUUGCCCACUUCUGUGUAUACACUACCGACACGUUUACGUUGUAACGCGCAAUAGCUAGGAAGAAGAACUCGAGUUGGCGAGAAAAAUAACAGAGUCAUUGACUAGAGAUGAAAAUAAAGGCAGCAUAUUUCCGAAUCGAUUAGAUAUAUACUUAAAUAUACAUUUUUCGAUCAUAUAAUAUAUAAAUUUACAGAAUCGGCAAACCUCGAUGAUUAAGAACUUCUCGUUCUUAAAACUUAUCCGAUUUUAACAGAAUUUAACUCUUUGCCGAUAUUAUGGAUUAUGUCGCCUUUAUGUUGAUCAUUAGACGCUGGCAAUAUUGUAUAUAGAAACUAUUAUUUACAAGCGUUCAGAAUGUGAAUUGUGAAGAUGCUAGCGGUUCGUUCACGCUCGCGAGAACACCAUUUGUAACUCGCGGUAUGAUAAGAAAAUCGCAUUUCGAUGCUUGCAGCUUCUUUUCUGACACAUGCAACUUUGAUUAGGAAAACAUAGAGAAUGAGAAUUUUAAAUAUGUCAUUUUUUACGAAAUUUGCUUUCCUAAAAAAAGCAAGAUAAAAGAAAGAUAAAAUAUACU